AUGAAGCGUGUCUUUGAUUUGAUUGACGAAGCUGUGUGUAAAAACUGCUUCCAACGCGACUCUCCAUGCAUAAGCCAAGAACUGCUUGAAGUGGCCUCGCUCUUCGCGGAGUACAGUAUAGUAGACGAGGGAUGCGAGAAUGCACUUACUCCCAUAUCCCUGACCUCGUAUAUCUUCCGGAUAAGCAUUCUACAAGCUCUCUCAGCUUCCUCCUGA